GUUUCAUAACGGGGACUCUUUUCCUUGCUUUGACGGAUCACUGAUUUAUUUAUUUUUAAGUUAAAUAUUUUCUUUAAUUAUAAAAGUGUCAGGUUUCGUGUUUCUUCGCAUUGCUGGCACACGUGUCCUGUGUCUUUGAACUGUCUCCAGUUGUGGUUUUUUAAGCAUCAUAAUAAGUUUCUCUUUGAAGCAGUUUUUUUUUUUCUCAGUAGACAAUGAAAACAUAAGAUGUCUUUCUGCUUCUGUGAAGUCUGGGGUAAUAUUUACGGUAUUCUAAACGGUGUUUCUUGGUUUCUAGGUGUAUUGCUUUUGAGAUGGAUGAAACCAUCUGACUUCAUUUAGACAGUUUAACUACAGCAGGUGUUAUUUAUAAGUACUUCUGUUUUUAUACUAGGUGAUGGUAUUUACAUUGUGAACAAGAAGAACGUGUUUCAGGAAUAAUUCUAUGGAGUGUGCAGAAGGAAGGAUCAAAUUUUAGUUAUGAAACUGGUUUCUUUCAAAGAGUGUUCUGCAGAGAAAAAGGAUACGUGUCUCUUUGAGUUCCAUCGAGUCCCGGACUGGUUUCCUCUCUGCUGUCCACAUGGCACUGUCUCUUAGAACUGCAUGGUCCAGCCUCUUUUGGAUGCGUUCGGUAGCACCCUGUAAGCAGGCCCCGCUGCACAAGGGAGCCGUGUAUCAUGCUUGCCAUAAAUCUACAUACUCGGUUCUCCCUGAAGACUACAACUGCAAAGUGGAACUUGCAGUGACAUCAGAUUUGAAGACAAUUGUUUGCUACCACCCUUCGCUUGAGAUUCCAUAUGAGCAUACAAAACCCAUACCACGGCCAGAUCCAGUGAAUAAUAAAGAAGAAAACCUUGAUCAAGUUUUGAAAUCCAGAUUGAAUGAAAAAGAGCUAAAGAACAAAACAGGUCCUACAAUUGAAGAGCUCAGCAAAAUGUUUUACACAACUAAACAUCGCUGGUAUCCUGUGGGACAGUAUCACAGAAGACGCAGGAAUCCUAAUCCUCCCAAAGACCGAUAAUUAAGAUAAUUUCUUGAUCAUCAGCACUUUGCUGUUAAUCUUUAUUAGAAAUAAAAAUUACAGAAAGUGAGAUGUUUGGCUAUAACAAAACACGCUUAACUUGAUUUGACUGUUAUUUUCCAUUUCAGCUAGUUGACAGAAAAAUGGCACUGAUGAGACAGAGCGUCAGUGAAGGCAGUUGUGCAUGUGCCUGGUCAGCACAUGGGCCGGUUUUAGAAUGGAGAACGGGAUGUAACAGGCCAUGGAGCGCUCUGACUAAACUUGGUCACAGCCUCAUUGUUUAUAAGGUGAAUCCAUACAAGUCUUGUGUCAAAAUGGGAAGUCUAGGAAUGGACAUAUUAGGGUUUGGUGGUUUGCUGGGGGUAAUAAUUUUUUUUCUUUAGAAAUCUAGUACCGUAAAUGCAGGUAAGCUUGAAUACUGAGGUAUUAAUAAAAGAGUGUUUAUGAAAAAUA